ACAUGGCUUUCAUGGAAGCAUUUCUUCAGGUUUCCAGCACAGGAACAUUAAUAUGUUGCUUGCUUCUGCUCUUGGUUGUUUAUCUCCUAUUCUUCAGGUCUCAGAGAGAUGAAAAUGAACCUCCAGGGCCAAAACCAUUGCCACUUUUGGGAAAUCUGCUAAUGUUGGAUAUCAACAAACCACACUUGAGCCUAUGUGAGAUGGCAAAGCAGUUUGGUCCAGUUUUCACAGUCUACUUUGGUCCAAAGAAAGUGGUUGUGCUAGCCGGCUACAAAACAGUGAAGCAAGCACUUGUUAAUUAUGCAGACGAAUUUGGGGACCGAGAAAUCACGCCACUGUUCCAUGAUUUCACUAAAGGUCAUGGAAUUAUAUUUGCCAAUGGAGAGAGCUGGAAAGAGAUGAGACGGUUUGCUCUCACCAAUUUACGAGACUUCGGGAUGGGGAAGAGACAAAUUGAGGAGAAAAUCAUGGAGGAAACAUGCCAUUUACAAGAUGAAUUUGAGAAGUUUGAAGGAAAACCUUUUGAAACCACACAGUUGAUGAACUACGCUGCCUCAAGUGUCAUUUCUGCCAUUGUGUAUGGCCGUAGAUUCGAGUAUACAGACCCUCACCUACGGAGAAUGGUGGAUCGAGCCAAUGAGAGCGUCAGACUGGGUGGAACGGCGUCCGUGCAGCUCUACAACAUGUUCCCUUUCUUGGGUCCAUGGCUCAAGAAUUGGAGACACCUCAUGAAAAACCUUGAGCUUGAUAUCAAAGAGAUAUCAGAGCUGGUGAGCAGUUUACGUCAAUCACUGAACCCACAGGACCUCAGAGGCGUUGUCGAUUCGUUCCUCAUCCGCAAGCAGACUGCAGAAGAAUCUGGAGAGAAGAACUCACUCUUCCACAAGCAGAACAUAAUUUACACAGUCGGCAACCUGUUCAUCGCUGGUACGGACACUACUAGUACAACAGUGCGCUGGAGCUUGCUGCUUAUGGCCAAAUAUCCACAUAUACAGGAUCGCGUUCAAGCGGAGAUUGAUCAGAUGAUUGGUGGACGGCAACCGGUUACAGAGGACAGGAAGAACUUACCGUAUACAGAUGCUGUGAUCCAUGAAACCCAGAGACUAGCCAACAUUGUACCAAUGAGUAUCCCUCAUAUGACCAGCUGCGACGUUCACUUCAAUGGAUACUUCAUCAAGAAGGGCACAUGCAUAUUUCCUCUUCUAAUGUCUGUAUUGUGGGAUGAAGAUGAAUGGGAAACACCCCACACCUUUAACCCUGAACACUUCCUGGACGAGCGUGGUCGAUUUGUCAAGAGAGACGCCUUCCUGCCCUUCUCUGCAGGCCGCAGGGCUUGUCCUGGAGAGAGUUUGGCCAGGAUGGAGCUCUUCCUGUUCUUCACUUCCCUCCUUCAGCAUUUCCGCUUCACUCCUCCUCCUGGAGUGUCUGAAGAUGAUCUGGAUCUCACACCAGCGGUGGGCUUCACCCUGAACCCAGCCUCACACAAACUGUGCGCAGUGAAACGCUUGUGAAAUCUGUUCAAUUUUUUUUACAGUACAGUUGAUAGUUUUCAAUCAGAAACAGCA